CGAAAAUGUUGAUCCUAAACCUAAAAGUGACCCAGCGAUAAACACGUACAAUAUAACGGAAAAUUCGAUGUCAAAACAAUCCCAAUCAAUAUUGAUAUUCGCCUCGUUGUCGAAUAAACGGGAACGUUUCAACUACUUCGCGGUGAAAAUUAAACACAAAAAUGAAUAAGUAUGACUUUCGCAAAAUGAAAUGUAUACGUUGCUUGACGUCUCGAGGAACCUCCGUCGCUCCGCGAUUCAACAUUCAAUUCGAAUCCCUUUAAGUUGCCGGUUCAUGCUCGCCGUCAACACGAUGCGACCGAUUGUGAUCGCGUUUCUCGUUCUCUUCUGCAACCUCGCCGCAGUCGUGACAUUCAACGUCUCGCAAGAGCUCUUGCUGAGCACGCUCAUAAAAUCAAUACAAGAAAGCAAGAAUGAAUGGCCGAACAGCGUCAAAUGCGAUCCCGACACCAACCUUAAUACAGUGCAGCUGAUAAGAAAAGCGGGUUAUCCUGCGCAGGCCCACAUUGUACAGACAGAGGACGGUUAUCUCUUAACACUACAUCGUAUCCCAAGAGACAAUAAGCCACCUGUGUUACUGCAGCAUGGUCUUUUAUCCAGCUCGACUGACUGGGUCAUUUCCGGCGAGAAAAAAGCUCUCGCUUUCAUUUUGGCCGAUGAGGGAUAUGAUGUUUGGUUGGGCAAUAUUCGUGGGAAUACAUAUUCGAGGGCCCAUGUUUCUCUGUGUCCAUGUGAUUCAAGAUUUUGGAAUUUCAGCUUUCAUGAAAUGGGCAUCUACGAUUUACCCGCGAUGAUCUCGUAUAUAACGAAUACGACGUCGCAGUCAUUGCACACGUAUAUUGGUCACUCGAUGGGCACAACUGCUUCUUACAUUAUGGCAGCGAAACGUCCGGAUAUCGCUGAAAUGGUGCAAGCAAUAAUCAGUCUCGCGCCCGUAGCUUUUACGGAACACAUCAAAAGUCCAUUUAGAUAUUUUGCUCCUUUUGCGAGUAAUUAUGAGAUAAUCGCACAUUUCUUUGGCGAGGAUGAAUUUCUGCCGCAGAAUGGUGUGUUCCACUUUUUAUCGAAGUACGGCUGCGAUGUAGAUAACUUUAGGGAGAGGAUUUGUGCUAACAUAGUGUUCCUGAUUUGCGGAUUCGACAAAGAGCAGUUUGACUAUAAUCUGUUACCUUUAAUUCUGAGUCACGAUCCGGCCGGCUCUUCGACCAAGACGCUGGUGCACUUUAGUCAGGAAGUCACGUCGGGUAAAUUCCGCCAAUACGAUUACGGACAUAGAAAAAAUCUGCUGAUCUACAAUACAACGGAACCGCCGGAAUAUAAUCUAGCAAACAUUACUGUGCCGAUCGCGUUAUUCUACGCCGACAAUGACUGGUUGGCCAGCAGCUUGCAAUCGAUGAUAAGAAAAGCGGGUUACCCCGAGGAAACUCACGUGAUACAAACGGAGGAUGGUUAUCUCUUAACACUUUAUCGUAUCGCAGGUAACAACGGAUCAUUACCCGUGUUGCUGCAACAUGGUCUUUUGACCAGUUACGCCGAUUGGAUCAUUUCCGGCAAAAAUAAAGCACUUGCUUUUAUAUUAGCUGAUCAAGGAUACGACGUUUGGUUGGGUAAUUUUCGUGGGAAUACUUAUUCAAGAGCACAUGUUUCCUUAUCUUCAUCGAAUUCAAAAUUCUGGAAUUUUAGUUUCCAUGAAAUGGGCAUCUAUGAUCUACCCGCGAUGAUCUCAUAUAUUACGAAUAAGACAUCGCAACCUUUGUACGCAUACAUUGGUCAUUCAAUGGGUACAACUGCUUCUUACGUGAUGGCAGCGGAACGUCCGGAAAUUGCUCAAAAAGUGCGAAUGAUCAUCAGUCUUGCACCUGAGGCCUUUCUGAAACACAUGAAAAGUCCGAUAAGAUACCUUACUCCUUUUGCUGAAAAUCUUCAGGGGCUCUUGCAUCUUCUUGGCGAAGAUGAGUUUAUGCCGCACAGUUGUGUGACACAAUUCCUCAGCAAGCUCGUCUGCAACAUAACACGUCUCCAGGAACAUUUUUGUACCAAUGUUAUGUUUCUGUUCUUUGGCUUCGACAAGGAGCAAUUCAAUAUGACUUUGUUGCCUACGAUUAUGAAUCACAAUCCAGCCGGUACCUCGACCAAGACACUAGUACACUUGGCCCAAGAAUAUAAGUCUGGCAAGUUUCGUCAAUACGAUUACGGUCGCUCGAAAAAUCUACAGAUCUACAACGCAAAAGAACCACCGAAUUACAAUCUCGCAAACAUCACUGUGCCGAUUACGUUGUUUUACUCCGAAAACGACUGGCUGUCCAGUAUCCCGGAUGUGAAGAAGCUCAGCAGCCUGUUACCCAAUGUAGUGGAUGAAUACAAAGUGCCAUUUUCUAAGUUCAAUCACAUGGACUAUUUAUGGGCGAGGGAUGCACCUCAGCUUGUGUAUAAAAGACUACUCGAAAUUAUGAAGAUGCAUCAUAUAGUAUAAUCAAUAAAGUUUAGAUCAGAUUAUGCAUUAAAGAUUAGAAUUCAAUCAAAUGCCAA